AUGGGAGGCGGCCCUCCAGGGCAUGGGGCCAAAGAUGAUAAAGACAAGAAGAAGGACAAGCCUAAGUACGAACCUCCUCCACAACCAACCACGCGAAUCGGACGGAGGAAGCGUAAGCAAGCUGGACCGAAUGCAGCCGCAAAGCUGCCAACCAUCUACCCAACUGCCCGAUGCAAACUGCGGUAUCUGAGGAUGCAGAGAGUGCAUGACCAUUUACUCCUGGAAGAAGAGUUCGUGGAGAACCAAGAACGCCUCCGGAAGGCCAAAGCCGUCCAGACCCCUGCUGUUGCCGCGGAAGGUGAAGCUGCAGAUCGCAAUGCGGAUGAACGAAGCCGGGUCGAUGAUAUGAGAGGGAGUCCUAUGGGUGUUGGCAACCUGGAAGAGCUCAUCGAUGACGAUCAUGCUAUCGUUUCCAGCGCCACAGGCCCGGAGUACUACGUCUCUAUCAUGUCCUUCGUCGACAAAGAUCUACUCGAGCCCGGUGCCUCUAUUCUCUUGCAUCACAAGUCUGUCUCUGUCGUCGGCGUUUUGACGGACGAUGCCGAUCCAUUGGUGUCGGUCAUGAAAUUGGAUAAAGCGCCCACUGAAAGCUACGCUGAUAUUGGUGGGCUGGAAGCCCAGAUACAAGAAGUCCGUGAAGCGGUGGAGCUGCCUUUACUGCACCCCGAAUUGUACGAAGAGAUGGGCAUAAAGCCGCCGAAAGGUGUUAUCCUAUAUGGCGCACCAGGAACAGGCAAGACUUUGCUUGCAAAGGCUGUUGCCAAUCAAACUUCGGCGACCUUCUUGCGCAUCGUUGGGUCGGAACUCAUUCAGAAAUAUCUUGGCGAUGGUCCGAGGUUAGUGCGUCAACUCUUCCAGGUCGCAGCGGAGAAUGCUCCUAGUAUUGUCUUCAUCGAUGAGAUCGAUGCCAUCGGUACGAAACGAUACGAGUCGACAUCGGGUGGCGAACGAGAAAUUCAGCGAACCAUGCUUGAACUUCUAAAUCAGCUGGAUGGUUUCGAUGACAGAGGAGAUGUCAAGGUCAUCAUGGCCACGAACAAAAUCGAGACUUUGGACCCGGCUUUGAUCCGACCAGGGCGAAUCGACCGCAAGAUCCUGUUCGAAAAUCCCGACACCAACACCAAGAAGAAGAUCUUCACGCUUCAUACUAGCAAGAUGAGUCUGGCCGACGAUGUGGACCUGGACGAAUUCAUUGCCCAAAAGGAUGACCUCAGCGGCGCAGACAUCAAGGCCAUCUGUUCCGAGGCAGGAUUGAGAGCACUUCGAGAGAGGAGAAUGCGGGUCAACAUGGCAGAUUUCCGCAGUGCGAAGGAGAGUGUGAUGAAGACGAAGAACGAGGGCGAGCCCGAGGGUCUGUACUUGUAA